ACUGUGAUGGUGUCACGGUUGAAGGAAUUACAAUUCCUAUUUUUUUAUAUGUCUUUGUAGAGAUGGAGGGGCGAGUUACAUAUGAGGAUUACCCCUAUCCUGUCGUCUUCCUGCCUCCCUAUGAGAACCCCCCAGCCUGGAUCCCCCUGCAGGAGCGAGUCUACAACUCGGACUACAACAACGAGCUCGCCCGUUUUCUGCCUCGGUCCAUCCUGUUAAAAAAGCCUCCAGGAGCUCAGCUGGGAUUUAAUAUCCGCGGAGGGAAAGCGUCGCAGCUCGGCAUCUUUAUUUCUAAGGUUAUCCCGGACUCUGAUGCUCAUCGCGCCGGUCUGCAGGAAGGAGAUCAGGUGCUCACUGUGAACAAUGUGGACUUUCAGGAUAUUGAGCACAGCAAGGCUGUGGAGAUUUUGAAAACUGCCAGAGAAAUCUACAUGCAGGUCCGCUACUUCCCAUACAACUACCAGCGGCAGAAGGAGAGAACCGUUCACUAGUCUGAUCUCCGUCU